CACAUGUGGUAUACAUGAGCAGGCGGAAGUGCAUAGUGCAGGGAAGGAAUAGGCAUGGACUCAGCUGACAUAAAGUCACUCAGGGAAGACAUCAGAAGGAAAGAUGAAGAAAUACAGAAUCUUAGAAAGAAACUUGCAGCACUCCAAGAGGCUUGUUCAAGUUCUGCAUUGCCUGUCUUGCAUGAUCCAUUUGAAAACUUGUCAACAAUUGCCAAAAACUGUCUUAGUAACCCAGACAUUUUAAGAUAUAGCAGACAACUGGUUUUACCAGAAUUUGGUGUUAAGGGUCAAUUAAAUCUUUCAAAGUCAUCUGUGUUGGUGGUAGGCUGCGGAGGUUUAGGAUGUCCUGUUGCACAAUACUUAGCUGCAUCUGGUAUAGGACGUUUGGGAUUAUUGGAUUAUGAUGUGGUUGAAAGGAGCAAUCUUCACAGACAAGUUUUGCAUAGCGAAAGCAAAGAAGGAAUGUCAAAAUCUAUUUCUGUUGUGGAAACUCUGAGAAAGUUGAACUCUUCUGUGAAUUAUGUUCCGUACCAUGUGAUAUUAAAUCCUGAAAAUGCGCUGCAUAUUAUUCAACAAUAUGAUGUAAUUGCAGAUUGUUCUGAUAAUGUUCCUACCAGAUAUUUGGUCAAUGAUGCUUGUGUUGUAGCUGGGAAACCUUUAGUAUCUGCCAGCGCCCUUAGAUGGGAAGGACAGCUCACUGUGUAUAAUUAUCAAGGAGGGCCCUGCUAUCGGUGUUUAUUCCCUAAGCCUCCUCCAUCGGAAACUGUUACUAACUGUGCAGACGGUGGUGUUCUUGGUGUUGUGCCUGGAAUAGUAGGAUGCAUACAAGCUUUGGAAGUGCUCAAGAUAGCAUCUGAAAUAGGCACAUCUUAUGAUGGUAUCAUGCUGAUGUAUGAUGCACUGGAUGGGCGAUUCCGCAAUAUAAAGAUUCGAACUAAAAAAGCCGACUGUGCGGCAUGUAGUAUUAAUUCAGACGCUGUUAUUCUUAAAGACUACGAAACAUUUUGUGGCUCAUCUGCUUCAGAUAAGUGUAGAAGUCUGAAUUUAUUAUCGAGUGAAGAAAGAAUAUCUGUACAGGACUACAAAAAAAUUCUAGAUGAGCAAAUACCUCAUAUUCUUAUUGACGUACGACCGCAGCCUGAAUUCGAUAUCUGUCAACUACCACAUACUGUUCAUAUUCCUUUGAGUCGGCUAGAAGAGAAAAGUGACAAGUGGAUACAUUUUCUGAGAGCCAAAAUAGCAGAAAUAAACCAUGAUGAAAAGGUAUCUAAAAAAAAAGUGAUUGUAAUUUGUAAACUUGGAAACGAUUCACAAAAGGCUGUAAAAAUAUUACAAGAACUAUCUGGAAAAGAAGUGGAUUUGCUAGAUACUAAAGAUGUUCAAGGUGGACUGAUGGCUUGGGCUGCCAAAAUUGACUCGACAUUCCCUCAAUAUUGAGAUUGUACCUAGAAUAACAAAUAAAGAGGCACAUCUGUUUAUAUCACUAUGCAUGGUCAUUUCAAUAAAAGUUGUAAACUUUCA